ACGUGUUUUAAGGAAAUAAAGUGUUUAUAUUAAAGAAAAACUCAUUAUUGUUUAUAAUCAUUGUUUUCCAAUAUAACGAUUUAAGUUAAAGUACAAUAAAUCAAAAUGAUUAAAUCUAAAAAACGUUCUUCAGAAGAUAACACACAAAAUAAAAACAAGAAAUUGAAGACAACAGAACAUUCUAAAAAUGAACAAGAUAAUGACAAGAAUUUAAAGAAUUCGAAGAAAACAAUAACAAAUCCUCAUAAAAAUGGCUUUAGCAAGAAAACUACGUUUAAAAAAGGAGGUAAGACAACGUUUAAUCCAAAAAAUAAAAUGGAAACUGAGAAACCUGAGGAUUGGUCCAAAUACAAAAAAGAAAAAAAGCAAUUACGUCUUACCAGGAAAAAGAAAAAAAAUGAAGAUUUAUUUGAACUUUCUGUUCAAGCAAAGAAAUUAGGUGAAAAAUUGCGAAUUAAGACUUGUGGAGUUGAUGAACGCAAUAAAUUGUGUGAAGAGUUACAUGGUAUGCUAAAAGGUACAACAGGCGACAAAAAUAGAUACUCUAGAUUAGUAUUAGCACAUGAUAUGACCAGAGUGGUGCAAGUUAUGCUAAAAUAUUCAAAUGCCAAAAUAAAAAAUGAAAUCAUGCAGGAUCUUCUCAAUUCUGUUGUUCUGAUGUUGCAGUCAAGUUAUGGUCGUUUUUGUGUAAAAAAAAUGUUUAAAUAUGGUUCUGGGGAAAUGCGAAGAGCAAUUAUAGACAAAUUUUAUGGCAAUGUAGUUAAAUUGACGAGUCAUAGUUUAAGUAGCUCCAUAAUUGAUAUUGCUUAUGUGACUUGGGCAACAAAUGUUCAAAAAAAUAAACUUAAACAAGAAUUUUAUGGAGAUAUCUAUAAAAAUAAUAAAGAUGAAUCAAUAUCUACAUUAACCGAUACAUAUAAAAACUCAGAACAUAUGAAAAAUGCUAUGCUGUGUGCAACUAAAGCAAAUUUGUUAAAGAUAAUUAACAAAAAUUUAUUAGAUAAUGCUCUUUUUCAUGUUGUUUUGUAUGAAUUUAUGAGUGUUUGCUCUGAAGAAGAUAGAACAGAAUUUAUAUCUUUAUUAUGCCCAUCCAUAGCUACUAUUUGCAGUACUAAAGAGGGUACAAAAUGUGCUUUGAUAUGUUUGUGGUAUGCUACAAACAAAGACAAAAAGGUGAUAUUGAGAAGCAUUAAAGAACAUAUAAUAAAACUAGCAGAACAUGAACAUGGUCAUAUGUUACUCUUAGGUAUAUUGUGUGGUGUGGAUGAUACAGUACUUUUAAACAAAAUUCUGGUGAAUGAAUUAGUUUUUAAAGCUACUGAUCUGAUCAAAAAUGAAUGGGGAAGAAAAAUUUUGUUAUGGUUAGUUGCGCCGAUGGACACAACUUAUUUUCAUCCUUCUGUGAUAGAUACUUUGAAAGAGGGAAUGAAAAUGAGCAGUUGUAAAAAAUCAUCAGAAACUAGAAUACAAGAAAUUUUAGACAAUUGCAAGGAUGCCUUGUGUAAUGCUAUCACUAAAGAUAGCUCACAUUGGCUGCAAAGUGGACCAGUAGCUAUAGUUACAAAAGCAGUUUUAAAAGCAGGUUCUGGGGAGUCAUUGCGGAUUGCAUUAGAAAGUUUAGCUGCUAUUAUCACAAGUUUAGAAUGGAAAGUUGCUAAUGAAAUAAAUACUAAAGUAAAGACACAAAAGAAUGUUAAAACUGAUUCUGCUGAAGUAGACUCUCAAGCUGAAGAUACAAUUUUGGGAAUUGAACAUGCAGGGUUACAUAUGGUUUUGAAAAAGCUAGCACAACAUGAUAAAAUACAAAUAGAAAAGGAAGAACCAACAUUUGGUGAAGCUAUUGUUGGUUCUUUGAAGAAAAAAGUUCUUAAGCGCUGGUUAGGCUUAAAUAGAGCAUGCUUUAUUUUACUUUCAAUCAUUGAAAAUUCUAAAGAAAAGACAAAACAAGACUUAAUAGAGUUGUUACGUCCAAUGGAAAACAUUCUAAAAGAGCAGACACACGCAGGAGGGAAGAUAUUACUGAAACAUAUUUAAAAUCAAUAUCAUAUUGAAGUUGAAGGUGAGAAUAUGCAAUAGUGAAAAGAAGAUGAUAUUUGACA